CAUGCGAACUGCAUGAUGGACAGCGCUGUUCAUCUUCUAGCGUACGUGGAAACUAUAUCUGUUGUAAUGGCUGCGCGUAUCCUUACCGAAGUGGAAUGGACUGCUGUUCAAGUGUUGGAUACAACACUCAAAUAAAUGUCUGCUGUAGCGGUACUGUCCAAAGGAGACCAGCGAGCUCACAACGCGCAGCAUGCUGCGGAUCAAAGGCCUACGAUCCAAGCAGGAACGCUUGCUGCAGUGGCCAAAUAAGUCCAAUACGAGGCAGUCGAAAUGCAUGCUGUGGAACAGUCUGUUUCAACAUGGAUACGCAUGCGUGCUGCAACGGUCAGGUUAAGCCCCGUCCGUCUGGAGGUUUCGGUCAGGUCAUGUGUUGUGGCUCCGAGCCGUACAUCAGGGGACAGCAAGUGUGUUGUAAGGGCUCUUCACCUGGUAUGAUGGAACGUGCAUCGAGAACAGACUCUUGCUGUGGUCCAGUGGCGUUUAAUAGUCAAACUCAUGUCUGUUGCGGAGGGACCGUGACCCCAAAACCGAGAGGUCAAGGUCAAUUACGAUGUUGUGACACGAAAGCUUAUUACAGUUCUGAACAAAGCUGCUGCGGUGGCGUGCUUAGUAAUGUCGCAAAUGCCGAUAUGUGUUGUGGACAGGAGGCGUAUAACAGUAGAACACAUGCCUGUUGCGCAAUGACCGUGAAGCCUCUGCCACCAGGAACCGGAGAUAUCCGAUGUUGUGGCCCUGACCCAUUUAGAAUUGACCAACACGUCUGUUGCAGCAACGGACUUGGAACAGGUAUCAAGACAGACCGGUGUUGCAAUGGUAAUGCAUACUUUAGUGAAACACACACAUGCUGUGGAGGAAUGAUUGAUCGUAAACCACCAGGGGUAACUCAAGUCGGCUGUUGUGGAACAAAGUCGUAUAAUCCACUCACUCAACUCUGCUGUUACACUACGAUUGCUGAGAAAUCCGCUGGAUUUGAUCAAUGUUGUGGAAGCACACCGUACAUGAGUGACACGCAGAUCUGUCGUGGAGGAUUUGUCCAGCCAAAGCCCCUACUUCCGGGACCUGGGAGGGAAAUCGCUGGACCAGGAAAUGGCGAUACGGGUAGUGGACUUCCGGGUCGAGGUGACCUACCUGGUGGAGGUACUGGGGCAGGAGAGAGACCUGAUACGGGUAGUCGGGAGGCAUUUUGUGGAGGC